UCGACAGGGUGACCUGUGCACACAUGAUUUAAAGUAAACAUUCGGCGAGUUUUUUAAUAACCUGAAGAUGUCGUUGGAAAUCCUGAAGCAAGGAGCCGAGGGGCGGCUCUAUCUCGGCAAUUACAAAGGGGAAUCCUGCCUGAUUAAGGAGCGGUUCGUGAAGAAGUACCGUCACCCGGAUCUGGACACGCAGAUCACGCGGCAGCGCAUGAAGGCCGAAGCUAAGGCAGCUGGUCGGUGCCUGGCAGCCGGCAUCCUGGCUCCCCGGAUCCUCCACUCGGAUUUGAAUACCCACAAACUGUAUAUGGAAUACUUUGAGAAAGCCCAGACGGCCAAGCAAUUCAUUCAGGAAACGGUGGCUGGAAAGACGGAGGAUCUGGCGAAGCAAACUCUAGAGGAUCUAUGCACUAGGAUUGGUGGAAUCAUUGGCAAGAUGCACUCGAACCACAUUAUUCACGGAGACUUGACCACGUCGAAUAUACUCAUUAAUCCGAAGGACGGCGACUACGACGUUGUCUUCAUUGAUUUCGGGCUGAGCCACUACAACCAGGCAACCGAGGACAAGGGUGUGGAUCUGUAUGUUCUGGAACGGGCUCUGCUCAGCACGCACAGUGAGCAACCCUACCUUUUCGAGAGCAUUCUGUCAUCCUACCGCAAGGAGUGCGGCAAGGACGAGGAGGCUGUUUUAGCCAAGUUUGAGGAGGUCAGGGCGAGAGGACGCAAACGCACCAUGAUUGGUUAACGAAAAUAAACUUUAAUGGCUUUAAAACUUUAAAA